CGUUUAUUGAGUGAUACAGGGAGGAAAGGCGGCUAGCUCGAGUAAAUACUCGGAGCGCGUUUUUUCAGCAGCUGUUGUUAUGCCUGGGUAAUUUAUCGUAAUGUUUAUUAUAAAUGUCAGUCAUAUCAAAAAUACGGCCCUACUGUCUAUCUUUUGGAACUGGAUUUUAUAUAGGUAAGAGUACUUGUUAUGAAAAAUCACUCCUGUUUAAGUUGCAAGAAUCAUUUCCGAAUGAAAGGAAACAACGAUUAGCAUCUCUCCUAUUUAUUGCUCCUAAUAAAAACCCUCACAUACAUUCUUUGUGGCUGACAGUGGACUGUAUCAAUAAUGAAAGGUUCACUCACAAAAUAAAACUACUAUUAUCAGUCUCAGUGACUUCUAUCCAAUGUGAACUAAAAGUACAAAGAAUGUACCUGAUAAAGUUGGGCUAUUAUUAUGAUUUGAUGGUGUAUGUCGUAAUCGCUGUUAGACCGUGA